AACCCUGGGAGAUCGACGUCUUGAAGGCUGCCAUGGGUAACUGCGGUGCGACGUGGUGCUGACAUCUCCAUAUAAGCGUGAUAAUCACGUCUGAAUUCUGAAUAUCUGAAGUAUACAGCAAAGAGCAAAAAUGGUACAAAAGUCCCCUCUUCUCUCGUGAGAUAGCGACUUCAUGGCUGCUUGGGUAACAUCUCUCGACGAGCAUUAGCUCAACAUCCAACUCCAGCACCACAACCACCCACCAUGGCUCUCCCAAACCUCCCAUCCCCCUCCCUCUCCCCCCUCCAAUGGCUCUCCCUCACCCUCACCCUCCUAACCCUCACCUACGCCCUCACCUCCCUCCGCACCUACACCCGCCUCCGCCACAUCCCCUCGUCCUCCCCCCUCUCCAACAUCUCCUACGUGCCUCUCUUCCUCCUCGCCCGCUCCGCCCGCCAAGAAGAGCUCUACCGCACCCUCAACACCCGCCUCGCCUCUCGCCUCGUCCGCGUCGGCCCCAACGAGCUCCUCACCGACGACCCCUCCGUCCUGCGCCGCAUCAACGCCGUCCGCAGCGACUACGGCAAGGACUCGUGGUACUUUUCGAGCCGGUUCAACCCCUACCAGGAAACCAUGUUCACCACGCUCGACAAGGAGGGACACGAUCGGAUGAAGGCCAAGACGGCGGCGGCGUAUGCGGGGCGGGAGGUGCAUUUGUUGGAGCCGAGUGUUGAUGUGCAGGUUGUGGGUUUGGUGAGGCUUUUGAGGGAGAGGUAUGCGUAUCCGGCGGGAGGUGGUGGUGGGGGAGGAGGAGGGAAGUUGGUGGAUAUGGGGGUUUUGCCGGCGUAUCUUACCAUGGAUGUGAUUACCACCGCGGCGUUUGGGAGGCCGUUUGGGCAUUUGGAGGCUGAUGCGGAUGUGUUUGGGUUUAUAAGGCAGAUGAGGGACAAUUGGCCGUUGAUUGCGAUUACGUUGGACACACCGUGGAUCCGGACAGUUCGGUUCUCAAAGUUGUUUUUGCGGUGGCUCGGACCAAGGACGACGGAUAAGAUUGGGCUAGGGCAGAUGAUGGGGAUUGCUGAGAAGUACGUCGGGGAGAGAUUCAAGUCAACCUCGAAGCCUCAGAAGGACAUGUUGGGAUCUUGGAUCAAGAACGGCAUGACGCAGCAAGAAUGCGAAGCCGAAGGCCUCUUCGCCCUCGUUGCCGGCUCCGACACCACCGCAUCCGUAAUCCGCAUCACCAUGCUCCAUCUCAUGUGCAACCCCAGAAUCUACCACAAGUUCAAAGGCGUUAUCCGGGACGCUGUCGCCUCCGGAGUCUCGACCCCAAUCACCUUUGACCAAGGCAGCAAGAUCCCAUUCCUACGGGCACUAAUCUACGAGGGCAUCCGCAUUCGCGCCCCAGCAACAGGCCUCUACCCCAAAACCGUCCCUCCCCAAGGCGACACCAUCGACGGCAAGUUCAUCCCCGGCGGCACCGCCAUCGGCAUGAACGCCCCCGGGCUUUUGAAGUCGCCCGCGCUCUUCGGCGAGGACGCGGAGCUCUUUCGGCCGGAGCGGUUUCUCGAGGUCGACGACGCGGCUAGGAUGAGCAUGGAGCGCGACGUGGAGAUGGCGUUUGGGUAUGGGCGGUACAUGUGUGCAGGUAAACCGGUGGCGUUUAUGGAGCUGUAUAAGGCUUUCUUUGAGCUGAUGCGUAACUUUGAUUUUGAGCUUGCGGAUCCGGUUCGACCGUGGGAUUCGUUUAGUUAUAACAUCUUUGUGGAGGAGAACAUGUGGACCAAGGUGACGAUUUCGGAUACCAGUUAGGACUUCACCGCUGCGUCAGUCGUCUGACAGAUGAGAGUUGCGUUCUCCUUAGAAGAAUGGCUUCGAUGAUUGAGUUUCCCUUCUCGACAAAUGUAAGCAUUGAGAUGCUACGAUUUGAUGGGGUUAGUAGGCCUGGUUUGGUUACAAGAAUCGAGUCUCUAGAAUAAAACUGAUCUGCGUACGCUCCACGGUAGCUUCGUACUGUCAGUCAUCCCCAUGUAAAUAUGUCAACCGACAGAUAAGGUCGUCUUAAAUCUCACUCUCAAUGGACAGC